AUGGCGAAGCACCACCGCAUACCGACGCUGGCGGAAAACAUCAACCGGUCGCCCCGGUUAAGCUACCUGGCCUCCCACUCCCAGUCGGCGUCCUUCAUGAGCGAGGGCGGCGAAAUCACGGAGCUGAUGGCGCUGGACGAGUCGGAAAAUCUGCUGCACGAUCGAACUGCCUCGGUGCAGGUGAUCAGUGGCAGUGGGGGCGCACUGUGCGGUAGCUAUGGGAGCUACGCGAGCGGAACCCUUGCCGGGCAGCUGACGCCGGGCGGACGCAUGCUGGUGGGUGGUGGCGUGAAUGCGGUCAACGGUGGGGCGGGCACAGUGAACGCCGGAGGCAUUAGUCCCGGUGUGGGCAGUUUUGGCGAUGGAAGCGAACGGCUGGAGGAGCUCGGAAUAGCCUUCAACGAGCAGCUGAUGUAUGGUGCGGUCGGUGGCAAGCUGCUGACCAACUCGCCGGCAGUAACGAUCGUCGAGAUGGCGGGUGGCGGUGGACACGCGGCAAUGAGGCAAAAAAACUUCAAGCGCAAGUCAACGGCCACGGCUGCCAUGGUGGCGUCCGGUGAGCAGACGUCCUUGAAUGCUAUCGGGCUGCAACUAUCGGUUGACCGGGGUGGGCCGCAGGAGUGGGGCGAAGCAACACGCAGCUACGUGAAAGCCCAGCGGCGUCAUGCCGGACGUGCAACCUUCCAGGGCCAGGUGUACAACUUCCUCGAGCGUCCGGCCGGCUACAAGUGCUUUGUGUACCAUGUCUCUGUGUAA